CAGGGGGCGUGGCCCGGUCGGGGUGUCCCGGGAGGAGCACGUGGAAGGUGCCGGUGUCCGUCUGCUCGUGCCGGGGAGGGAGUCGCGCGCUGCUAUGCAAGAACCGGAGCAGCCCGACGGGGGGGCCUCGGGCGGCCCCGAGUGGAACAUCCCGCCCAACGCGCCCGCUUGCAUGGAGCGCCACCUGGACGGGGCCCAUUACCGCCCAGAUGGAGCUCUUCUCCUGGGUGCUUCUAGCUUGAGUGGACGUUGCUGGGUGGGUUCCAUUUGGGUAUUUAAGGAUCCAGAACGAGCGCCUAAUGAAGGCUUUUGCUCUGCUGGGGUUCAGACGGAAGCAGGCGUAGCGGAUCUGAAAUGGGUAGCGGAUAAAGGAAUACUAGUGGCCUCAGAUUCUGGUGCUGUGGAGCUCUGGGAGUUGGAUGAGAACGAAACUCUAAUAGUGAACAAGUUCUGUAAAUAUGAACAUGACGACAUUGUGACAACAGUGAGCGUUUUCACUAACGCCACUCAGGCGAUUAGUGGCAGCAAAGACUUCUGCGUGAAGGUUUGGGACAUCCCACAGCAAACAGUGCUGCACUCUUACAGAGCUCAUUCCAGCCCAGUGACUUGUGUGGCCUCUUGUCCUGGUAAGGAUACCGUGUUCCUGUCCUGUGCUGAGGACGACAGAAUUUUACUGUGGGAUACCAGAUGCCCCAAACCAGCUACUCGAAUUGUUUGCAGUGCCUCGGCUUACCUCCCUACCUCAGUUAUGUGGCAUCCGCAGCAAAGUGACACAUUUGUUUUGGGUGAUGAAAAUGGGACAGUUGCUCUUGUAGACACGAAGAACCCAGACUCUGCCUUAAGUUCAGCUGUGCACUCCCAAACCAUCACUGGGUUUGCAUUUUCUACUCACAGUUCGCCCCUUCUGGCUUCAAUUAGUGAAGACUGCUCGGUAGCUGUUCUUGACUCCAGCCUUUCAGAGGUUUUCAGAAGUCGCUCUCAUCGAGACUUCGUGAGAGGCCUGUCGUGGUCUCCCUUGAACAAGGCCUUGCUCUCUACAGUUGGAUGGGACCAUCAAGUUUUACACCACACAGUUCCAACACAGACUACUGAAGCUGCUGGGAGCAACAGUAUACUUCACUUCAAGGAUUGAAGAGAUGAAGAAAGCUGAGGGAAAGAGCUCCCUUGUUACCGCUUGGAGCCAGAGUGAAGAUUCUGAAAGCUCAAAUUGUUUCUCUUCUGAAAGUCAAUGGCCAGCUGCUGCUGGUAGCUUUUCAUAAAAGGGUGACUUCUGUUGUACUACUUACGUUAAGUCGCUUUUUGUGCUGGGGAGCGGGGCAUAUGCCCCAAAUUCCUAGUAUUUGCUUUGCUUGUCCUUUAGUGUUUUUGUAACUUAUUGCAUAACAUUUUUAAAACCUGGCUCUUUCUCUCAAACUACAGUAUGGUUUUGAAAAACUGCACUGCUGCAUGUGUUGCCAACUGCUGUUUGGAUAUUUUGUUCAUAGUAUAAUUCCUGCCCCCACCUAUCCCUUUCCCAAAUUUAAGCAGGCUAUGUAUUAUGAGGCAAAUAGACAGAAAGUACCUGAUUGGAAGCCACUUCCUUUCUUCUUAGUCUGUAAUAUGCUGUUCUAUAUGAGCCAAGAAAUCAAAAUGAAGGAUAAUGUUAAAAUCAUCUGAUCUCCUAUACAGAUAAUAUCAUAGCAGACCCAAAUUGUGCAGUGCCCAUAGUUAAUUUGCAGGCAGGUAGAUAAGUUUCCUUGUGUAUAUUUUUUCAUUUAUUCGUUUAAAACUAACUUGGCUCUCUCGUGAAUUCCAACAUAGUGAAAUGUUUCACAGAGAGCACAUGCUGAUCCAGUUCAGUGCAUUGUAUUCAAAAGUGAAAGUUAUAAAAGCAGACACCUUUCUUACGAGCUAUUUUAAAAUAAAGGAAGAGGAAAAACCUUAUACUUAUUAUCAUGGACCUCUGUGAUACUGUAAUGAGAAUGGAAACAAGUCUUGUGCUGUUUACCUGUGAAAUGGGUGGCUGUCUUUGAAAAAUGGAAGGCAGUUUUUAAUAAAUCAUAGUUUUAAUUUCUAAAUGGGUACAGAUUCACUGGGACACGUUCUUCAAAGAUUUGCAUUAUUUAUCUUGCAUUCGCUCCAAAGAGUAAACCUGGACCCUAUGACUUGCAUAUAGGGACAUGCAGUAUAUUUGUCUUUUGGUCCUGGAUGUGAAUUGCAGAACCUUUUUUCUUGGUAGAGGCCUAAUCCAGCAAAAUACUCCUACUCAGGAAAGCAUGUAAAAGCAUGCAAGCUACUACUGAGGUCAAUUCUCCUCAGGAAAGAUAAAAUUCAUCCCUGUGCAAAGUGGCCAACAUACGGCCUUACGCAUUAUUGGCCCCCUGAACGGGAGUGAAUUUAAUCUUGAGUGAGGCAGACUCUUUACUGCAAAGAUAUAUUUGUUGUCUCCAGUUCCCCUCAGCCCAGAAUCCAUGACAAGCUGCUGUAAACCUAUGGUAUUUUUUAAUGAGCUCCCACUUAAGACUGACCUCUCUCAAAUUUUGCAGUGGAAUUGGCACAGCUGUUCACUAUCACAUUUCUCUGCCCAUGAGCACUAAUCUCCAAAAUGUCAAAACCCAUGGAUAUUUUAAAACCAAAUGCUGAAACUAAUGGAGUCUGUAACUCCCAUGGUAUAAGUGAAACUACUCUCAAUAAAAAGGUGGGUGAUGCUGAGCUCAGGCUCGGUAGGGCUGGGUGUGUGUCUGAAGACCCCUAAGACUGUCCUGGUAUUAUAAAAUUGUAUGUUGUUAGAUCAGUAUUCAGUGUUUCUGUUAAUGUGCCAGUAGCGCACAAAUUCUUUGCUCUGCCCCUUGAAACAUUUUAAUCGCUUAUUCUGAAUGCUAAGCUUCCCUGCAUCCCACCACAUGGGGGCAGCAGCUGUCUUUGAUUGAAUUACCUAAUGAGCUUUUGAUUUCGUUGUUGAGAGCAGCAUGAAAGAAUCUGCUCUUUUUGAAAGUUGAACUGUUUCUUUUAGGUAAAUGAGUAUCUGCUAGGAUCAUUAUGCAUUAAACCAGUAGGAUUUUUAGCGUAAUGGGAAAUGAGACAUUGCAGUUGGAAAAAAGCCAUUAUCUAGCUAGUUUAAAAAAAUCUAAAAGUUGUACGUAGUUUUUUAUGCCCUGUAUUGCUCUGCUUUCAUAUGACGAUUUCUGACAGCUGAAUAUAAUCCCU